GUGCUUCUGCUUCAUCGGUUCUCCUUCUACAUUGCUUGCAGUGAACCCUAAUUUCCCAAUUCACCUUCCUGCUUCUUCAAUUUCUCAGUUAGCAGUGCCUUAUCCCUUCCGCAAAGCAGAAUUGAAGUUAAAGAAAGAAUGACCAUUGUUCCGAAGGAGGCAAUUGAAGUGGUUGCAGAGAGCAUUGGAAUUACCAAUUUGUCUCCUGAUGUCGCCCCUGCUGUCGCUGAAGACGUUGAAUAUCGCGUUCUGGAAAUUAUGCAG